AUCCGAUCGACCCUCUCUAUUAAAACCGCUUCCAGUCCCUUUCUUAUCCCACAAACAAAAAACCUAGUCGAUCUUCUCAUCUUUCCAAUACGAUUGUUCCAACGAUGGCCGACGACGAAUCCGUCCCCCAAAUCGUUGAACCUGCUCGAUCGGAGAAAGCGUCGGUGAAGAGAGAUAGUCUGAGAUACCUGGAGUUCUUGCAUGUGGCAGCGAUUCAGACGGUCCUUUUCGUGGCGAGGAUUUACAGUUACGCGAAGGAGAGAUCGGGGCCUCUGAAGCCCCGCGUGCAGAGCGUCGAGAGCACUGUGAAAGGAGUCGUUGGACCAGUCUACGACAGGUUUCAUGACGUCCCCUUCGAGCUUCUCAAGUUCGUUGACCAAAAGGUUGGAGAAUCGGCACAGAAGUUGGAGCACCACAUCCCCCCGUCGCUAAAGAAUGCCUCAGCGGUUGCCCGGUCGGCCGCUGGCGAGAUUCAGCGCAACGGUCUGGUCAAUUCUGCGACAAGUCUCUCGCGCUACGUCUACACCAAGUACGAGCCGGCGGCGGAGCAGGCUGCUGUGUCGCUCUGGCGGUCCGUUAACCGCCUGCCUCUUGUGCCGCAGGCGGCCCACAUCGUCCUCCCCACCGCCGCCCACCUCGCCAAGAAGUACAACCAAACCGUCUCUUACACCGCAGCGAAGGGUUACGCCUUCUCCGCCUACCUCCCCCUGUUCCCCACGGAGCGUAUCAGCCGCGUUUUCUCGGGCGAGGCCAUUGCUCAGUGAUGUUCUGAUGCUCGAAUAACCGUCCCGUCGAUCCCUCUUUAAUAAAAUUUCUUAAGAAAUUAAAAAAAAACAAAAAAAAUUGUCUUUUUAUUUUUUUUUAUUUUUAUCCUUGUCUUGCAUGUAAGGGUCUAUUUCGCUUUGUUGUUUGUUGGGUACCUGGUGAAGAUGCUUGUUUUUUUGCUUUCUCGAUACAAGUUGUAGUUGAAUGAACAUAUCUUAAUGGCAUAUAUUCUCUUUGCA